CUCGCGGCCUCGCCCUCCUUUCCUCCCAUCUCCACAUCAUCCUCCGUACGGCUGUGCACAGACAACCACCGCAUCAUGUCUACCAAGCGGCCUACUCUCGAAUUGGGCAAUGUCCUAGUGGUUGGAGGAUGUGGUUUCCUAGGCUGGCACAUUGUUGACCAAUUGCUUAAUUUUCCCUCGGAGUCCGACCCCAGUGUCGCACUGCCCAAGCCGCAGGGCGAUGCCAGAUUUGACUAUCCCAAGCUCGCUGAUCGGUAUCCUCGAUGCAUAGCAAAGGUCUCCGUUGUCGACCUCCGGACCACCAAUAAUCGUCUACCGGGCGCCGAGUACUACGAUGGAGAUAUUACCUCUGCGGAGUCCAUGUUGUCCGUCUUCCGUGCUGUCAAGCCGGACGUCGUUAUCCACACCGCCACCCCGAACGUGUUGGAAGGAAACAAGCCAUUGCUGCGCAAGGUAAAUGUGGACGGAACCAAAACACUGCUCGAGGUCGCGAGCGGAGAACGUGGCGAUUGGGGUGGAAAGUGCAAGGCAUUUGUUUACACGAGCUCGAGUUCUGUGGUUCACGAUACGCAGAGUGACCUGAUCAACGUGACUGAAGAAUGGCCUCUUAUCCGGGGACCAUUGCAACAGGAGUACUACUCUGAGACCAAGGCGGAUGCCGAAGAACUCGCCCUGAAGUACAACCGUGCCUCGCCUUCCGGAAUGGUCACCUGCGCCGUUCGCCCCGCUGGUAUCUACGGCGAGAAGGACACAACAUUCACAUUUAAGAUCCUGGAACAUGCCGCUAAGGCUUCCCCGACCGUCCUCCGCAUGCAGUUGGGAGACAACAACAACCUGUUCGACUUCACCUACGUCGGGAACGUCGCCUACUCGCACACGCUCGCCGCGUAUCGGUUACUCGCGACCUACGCGCGCUACGAGGGUGGACAGGGUGGACCCCUAGACCAUGAGAAGGUUGACGGCGAAGCGUUCAACAUCACCAAUGACUCGCCGGUCUAUUUCUGGGACAUGACCCAUGCUGCCUGGGCGCUCACUGGCAAGGUGGUUGAGCCUGAGCAGGUGUGGGAGCUCCCCGAGAGUGCUCUCGGACCCAUCGGCUCGCUUGCAGAGACCGUGCUCGGCCUUUUCGGAAAGACCCCUCGCUUGACCAGACGUAUGGUGCGGUAUUCGUGCAUGACCCGCUACUACUCGUGUGACAAGGCUAAGUUCCGCCUGGGAUACCGGCCCAUCGUCCCAGUUGACGAGGGUCUUGCUCGUGCAGUCGGAUAUGUGGUCGAGCGGGAGCGGCUGGAGGGGCAGAAGAAGGCGUUGUAAUCGCGCGGACGAGUCGAGGGAAAGAGGCAUGGAGUCUAUGUAAUAUAAGUUGAUUUCUCUUCCAGAUGGCUUGAUGUGAAUUUCGCCCUGUCUAUAAUAUUAAUGCAUGAAUAGCAGGCUGGUCUCUUUUGCAAAGAUCUCGAUCUUGCCCGGCCAGACUCUACGACGAGAAACG